AUGAACCGGAAAGCGCGGCGCUGCCUGGGCCACCUCUUUCUCAGCCUGGGCAUGGUCUACCUCCGGAUCGGUGGCUUCUCCUCGGUGGUAGCUCUGGGCGCGAGCAUCAUCUGUAACAAGAUCCCGGGCCUGGCUCCCAGACAGCGGGCGAUCUGCCAGAGCCGACCCGACGCCAUCAUCAUCAUAGGAGAAGGCUCACAAAUGGGCCUCGACGAGUGUCAGUUUCAGUUCCGCAAUGGCCGCUGGAACUGCUCAGCACUGGGGGAGCGCACCGUCUUCGGGAAGGAGCUCAAAGUGGGGAGCCGGGAGGCUGCCUUCACGUACGCUAUCAUCGCUGCCGGCGUGGCCCACGCCAUCACAGCCGCCUGCACCCAAGGCAACCUGAGUGACUGUGGCUGCGACAAGGAGAAGCAAGGCCAGUACCACCGGGACGAGGGCUGGAAGUGGGGUGGCUGCUCUGCCGACAUCCGCUACGGCAUCGGCUUCGCCAAGGUCUUUGUGGAUGCCCGGGAGAUCAAGCAGAAUGCCCGGACUCUCAUGAACUUACACAAUAACGAGGCAGGCCGAAAGAUCCUGGAGGAGAACAUGAAGCUGGAAUGUAAGUGCCACGGUGUGUCCGGCUCGUGCACCACCAAGACAUGCUGGACCACGCUGCCGCAGUUCCGGGAGCUGGGCUACGUGCUCAAGGACAAGUACAACGAGGCUGUCCACGUGGAGCCCGUGCGCGCCAGCCGCAACAAGCGGCCCACCUUCCUGAAGAUCAAGAAGCCGCUGUCGUACCGCAAGCCCAUGGACACAGACCUGGUGUACAUCGAGAAGUCACCCAACUACUGCGAGGAGGACCCGGUGACGGGCAGCGUGGGCACGCAGGGCCGCGCCUGCAACAAGACGGCCCCGCAGGCCAGCGGCUGCGACCUCAUGUGCUGUGGCCGCGGCUACAACACCCACCAGUACGCCCGCGUGUGGCAGUGCAACUGCAAGUUCCACUGGUGCUGUUAUGUCAAGUGCAACACCUGCAGCGAGCGCACCGAGGUGUACACGUGCAAGUGA